AUGUCUUACAACUACGGCUCUGGAAACUUCUCCUCCCGUUCUUUUGGAGGUUACCUGGGCUACCCAGGUUCCACCUGUGAGUCUUUCUGCCCCAACAACGUGGCCUACUCUCCCAACAACUGCCAGCCGGGGUCUUCGUUCUAUGGUGGCUGUCAGGAGAACUUCCUUGAAGCUUCCGGCUGCCAGAAUCCCUGUGCUGGUACCAGAACCUUCCCAGCAUCCUGCUUGCGCCCCAAGAACAAUAUGUUCUACAACCAGAUGAAUCAGGCUGUAUCUCAAGGGUGUGGAAAUGCUGGCUUCGGGCCCUUUGGGUAUGGAUGUGGAGCAGGCUUUCAACCUCAGGGCUCUGGGGCCGGCUUCUGCCGCCCAAAUUACCUUUCAAACAGGAGCUGCCAGUCAACUUGUUAUCAACCAGGCGUUGGCUCACGCUUUUAUGGCUCAACUUACUGA